ACAGUGGUCUGGUUUUUUCUCUUGAUCUGUAUCAUGGCCUGAUGUUGGUGUUUUAUGAAAUUGUUCACAUUCAAAGAGAACACCCAGGCCUAGCUGUUUGUGCCAGACCAACCCCAAGUCCUGGCUGCAGAACCAGGCCAGCUCCCCGAUGUCAGUGGCCGCCUUUCUCUUUACAGGCAUGGAGGGGGACACCAUCAAGGAGGAGCCCCUCUUCUCCGCUCCCCACAGAGACCAGUGGGUGCAGACAGGUCAGGGAAUGCCUCCUUUCCCUCCGGCAUCUUUUGAGGUUUCCGUCCUGACGCCCAGGGCCGCUCCAUCCAAGCCUCGGUUUCUCAGUCUCUAAAACAGGCCAGAAACCAGGCACGCCGUGGUGAAAGGACGAGCCGAAGAGAUGGCAAGAGCUCCAGAAAGCCUUCCCAGGCAUCAAGGGCUGCCCUUCAGCUCAGACGUUUCUCUCUGGACAGGGCUUCUUGGACAGGAACUCAACGAAACUUGACAGAAAUCGGACACCCCCUGCCAAGGAAAAGCAGGAGAGGUCCGGGGUUCGCCAAGGCGGGAAACACCGCGGGGCCCAAGCGGCGCCGCCCGCCCAGCUCGCAGUCGGGGCGCGGGAACGGCCCAUGCGCAUGCGCACCGCACCGCCCCCUCCCUCCGCCCCGCAGCUCCAGCCGCCCCGCCCUGCCCGCGCGCAGCCUUCUGGGGCGGCCGGGCCACGCCGCGCGCCGAUUGGUGGCGUCCGGGGCUCUCACUGCAGGUGACUGACGGCGCCGGCCGCCCCUGCCCGUCGCUCGCCCGCUGCUGCCGCCCGCCCGGGGUGUGGAGCCCGGCCGCUGCUCGCGGGCUGAGCGUCUGCCGCUGCUGCCGCCGCCGCCCAGCCUCCGCCAUGGACCUUUUCGGGGACCUGCCGGAGCCCGAGCGCUCGCCGCGCCCGGCUGCCGGGAAAGAAGCUCAGAAAGGACCCCUGCUCUUUGAUGACCUCCCUCCGGCCAGCAGUACUGACUCAGGAUCAGGGGGACCUUUGCUUUUUGAUGAUCUCCCACCCGCUAGCAGUGGCGAUUCGGGUUCUCUUGCCACGUCAAUAUCCCAGAUGGUAAAGAAUGAAGGGAAAGGAGCAAAGAGAAAAACCUCCGAGGAAGAGAAGAAUGGCAGUGAAGAGCUUGUGGAAAAGAAAGUUUGUAAAGCCUCUUCGGUGAUCUUUGGUCUGAAGGGCUAUGUGGCUGAGCGGAAGGGUGAGAGGGAGGAGAUGCAGGAUGCCCACGUCAUCCUCAACGACAUCACCGAGGAGUGUAGGCCCCCAUCGUCCCUCAUUACUCGGGUUUCAUAUUUUGCUGUUUUUGAUGGACAUGGAGGAAUUCGAGCCUCAAAAUUUGCCGCACAGAAUUUGCAUCAGAACUUAAUCAGAAAAUUUCCUAAAGGAGAUGUAAUCAGUGUAGAGAAAACCGUGAAGAGAUGCCUUUUGGACACUUUCAAGCAUACUGAUGAAGAGUUCCUUAAACAAGCUUCCAGCCAGAAGCCUGCUUGGAAAGAUGGGUCCACUGCCACGUGUGUUCUGGCUGUAGACAACAUUCUUUAUAUUGCCAACCUCGGAGAUAGUCGGGCGAUCUUGUGUCGUUACAAUGAGGAGAGUCAAAAACAUGCAGCCUUAAGCCUCAGCAAAGAGCAUAAUCCAACUCAGUAUGAAGAGCGGAUGAGGAUACAGAAGGCUGGAGGAAAUGUCAGGGAUGGGCGUGUUUUGGGCGUGCUAGAGGUGUCCCGCUCCAUUGGGGAUGGGCAGUACAAGCGCUGCGGUGUCACCUCUGUGCCCGACAUCAGACGCUGCCAGCUGACCCCCAAUGACAGGUUCAUUUUGUUGGCCUGUGAUGGGCUCUUCAAGGUCUUUACCCCAGAAGAAGCCGUGAACUUCAUCUUGUCCUGUCUCGAGGAUGAGAAGAUCCAGACCCGGGAAGGGAAGUCUGCAGUCGACGCCCGCUACGAAGCAGCCUGCAACAGGCUGGCCAACAAGGCGGUGCAGCGGGGCUCGGCCGACAACGUCACCGUGAUGGUGGUGCGGAUAGGGCACUGAGGGGUGGCGCGCGGCCAGGAGCACGCAUGGUAUCGACUUAAAAGGUUCAAUUUGUGUGUGUGCACAUUGUGUGUUUUGUGUACUCCUGUGGGACUCCCAUGGUUGUAAAUAAAGGUUUCUCUUUUUUUUUCCUA